AUGUAUUCCGCUCCUUAUGGCUACCCAAAUGCCACAACCGGCCCCAUCUUCAACGGCGCCCCACCCCAACAGCAGCAACCUGGGGGUGCACACCUGCAGUCUGGCGCGGGCCCGAGUCAGCAGCAGCAGCAGCAGCAACAUCAGCAGCAGCAGCAACAGCAACAGCAGAUGAUGUAUAACUCGCAGCAGUUCCCCAUGCCGGGCCAGCCCGGCGGCUUUCCCGGCGGGCCCAACCCGGCUCUGAUGGGAGGAGGUGCCGGUCCUGCAGGAAUGAUGCAGAAUGCCGGCAUGCCGCACAUGGGUGCCAAUGGUCAGAUGCAAUUCCAGUCCCCUCUUUCUACCACCCCUUAUGCGUCUGGCAUUCCCUCGUCUGCGUCCCAGCCGCAGCUGCCGGCCAACUUCAUGAUGUCCGGUCAGAUGGGGCCUUACCAAAUGGGCAUGGGCAUGCCCGGUCAACCGCAAAUGCAGCAGCAACAACAGCAUCCGCAUCAGCACCAGCACCAACAGCAUCAGCAGCAUCAACAACAGCAUCAACAACAGCAUCAACAGCAGCAUCAACAACAGCAUCAACAACAGCAUCAACAGCAGCAUCAACAGCACCAACAGGCAAUGGCGCAAAGGAUGCUUCCUGCUCAGCAAAACCCUGGUGGCAUGUCCGUCUCUACACCCCAGCGGCAGUUUAGCCAGUCACAAGGCACACCGACCAGCUCGAUACACCCGCAGCAGCCUCAGUUCUCUACGCCACAGGCUCAAGGUACCCCCCAGAGCCAGACGCCAACGACAGCUCAGCAUCCUCCGGCGUCGUUGACAACACCACAAACACCAACUUUCCCUACGGAGCAAGGACAACCGCAAGCUAACGGAGUCUCGAGUGGUUCCACGCCUCAAAGUCCUGCGUCUGAGUCGCGGGAUAAGGAGAGAAUGGGCGUGUUGUUGGAAAUCAACCAAGAGUUGCUGUAUGAGUCAAUACAGCUCGUGAACAGCAGGAAUGAGUUGAAGAAGGAGCAGGCCUCGGAUGCAAAGAAUCCCGAUAUCGAUUAUGCGGAGGAAGAAAAAUCGGCCAAUCUCGACUAUAACCAAUGUAUGAGAAGGCUCCAAGCCAAUCUCACUUACAUGUUUGCCCUUGCCGACCGCAAGAACAAAACCCCGGGCCCGUCCCCAGCAUAUCUCACUGCCCCGCCUCUCAACCUGCAGCUCAAACUCAAACUCCCCCCGAGCACCCCGGACGACGCCAUCGAACGCCCCGCCGACCCGGCCGCUGACCGCAGCGAACGUGACCAGGUUCUCAAGUCCCUCUAUAAAAAACUCCAGUCUCUCUACCCCGGUGUCGACCCAAAGAAGGAACCAGCCGUUCCGCCGGCUGGCGCCGGGGCACGCGCGCCAAAUCCAGGGCCCCAGGCUGGCGGUGGAGGUCCCAAUUUUGGGGGAAGUGCGGGGACACCCGGGACAGCGGGUGGGAAACCUCCCGUACCCCCCGGCCCGGGAGCUGGAGCGGGGUCUGCUCCACGGAACGGUCAAGGGUCGAGCCAGAACAGCCCGGCACCGAUGCAGGGACAGAAUCAGGGUCAGGGCCAGGGCCAACCGUCGGUUGAAGGAAUUACGCCGGCAAUGAUGCAGGCUUAG